UCAUUGUUCGAUCGAAUUAUUUUUGUCCUUAGUUGUUUGUUUUUGAGAUUAUGAAUAGCAAUUAUUAAAAAUAGCAUCAAAAAAUAAAUUUGAAUUUCCCUCUCGUGUUCAAGAGAGCACUAAAACGCCGCACUGGAGGUAGCCCGUCGAUUCACUCAUGUUUCAUUUCACGCCCGCCUGCCACCACUCCAUUCCUUACGCUUACGCUACUGUAGUCUGUGAACUGUAUAACCCCUCCUUGGCCGGCGACUGCCUUGAAUUAUACACGUGCCCAAGGCACUUGCAUGCCUUUUACAACAGUUUGAUUACAGUUUGAUAAAUUCCUUCUUCAAUUUUUUUACCAACAUUGUUGGUAAUUCUUUGCUAUAAUCAUGGCGCUUUACAAUUUUAAAAAAAUUGUGGUUGUUCCACCAGCUAAGGAUUUGAUAGAUAUUGUGCUUUCUAAGACACAAAGAAAAACUCCAACUGUUGUCCAUAAGGGUUAUGCCGUAUCGCGUAUUCGUCAAUUUUACACUCGCAAAGUUAAAUUUGCACAACAGACACUGCACGAUAAGCUUAGUCAAAUUAUUCGAGAUUUCCCAAAGUUGGACGAUGUUCAUCCUUUUUAUACCGAUCUUAUCAAUGUCUUGUAUGACAAGGAUCACUUUAAACUAGCUCUGGGUCAGCUCAACAAGGCCAGAAGCUUAAUUGAUAAUGUUGCCAAGGAGUAUGUUCGUUACAUGAAAUAUGGUGAUUCACUUUAUCGCUGCAAAGUGCUUAAAAAGGCUGCCUUGGGACGUAUGGUAACUAUUACCAAAAGGCAAGGAGCUAAUUUGACUUAUUUGGAGCAAGUCAGACAGCAUUUGGCAAGAUUGCCUAGCAUUGAUCCUUAUACCAGAACAAUUAUUAUUUGUGGAUUUCCCAAUGUUGGAAAAUCUAGCUUCAUGAAUAAAAUUACUAGAGCAGAUGUUGAUGUGCAACCAUAUGCAGGCACGACUAAAUCUUUAUUUGUUGGUCACACAGAUUAUAAAUAUUUACCUUGGCAAAUAAUUGAUACUCCUGGUAUCUUAGAUCAUCCUUUGGAAGAGAGAAAUGUAAUAGAAAUGCAAUCUGUUACUGCCUUGGCUCACUUGAGAGCUGCUAUACUCUACUUUUUUGACAUUUCUGAAGAGUGCGGACAUGCUUUAGAGGAACAGAUGAGAUUGUUUGAAUCAAUUAAACCUUUGUUCCAAAACAAACCUUUAAUUGUUGUUUGCAACAAAUCUGACAUUGUGAGCUUAAAUGAUCUUCCUAAAGAAAAACGCAGUGUUUUAAAAGAACUAGAAGAUGAUGAAAAUAUCCCUGUCAUGGAGAUGAGCACUGCUAAUCAAGAAGGUGUAAUGAAAGUUAAAGAAGAAGCAUGUGAAAGAUUGUUAUCCUACAGAGUUGAUCAAAAAGUUAAAACCAAAAAAAUCGAUAGCUUACUAUCUCGAUUACAUGUUGCUCAGCCUGUACCAAGAGAUCAUAAACUUCGACCACCAUGCAUACCAGAAGCUGUUUUGCAACGAAAACAAUCAGGACAAAGGCCUGUGAGAGCCAAAAAAUUGGAACGCCAAAUUGAAGAAGAAGAGGGUGAUGAUUAUGUUCUUGACUUAAAGAAGAAGUAUGAUAUUGAAGGAGAUCAGAAAUAUGAUAUUAUACCUGAAAUUUGGGAAGGUCAUAAUAUAGCAGAUUAUAUUGACCCUGAAAUAUUUGAUAAACUUACAGAGCUAGAGCAAGAAGAAGAGUUACGAGUUGUAGCUGGUAUGUACGACAUGAAACUCCCACCUAUGACUGAGACUUUGAAAGAAGUCCGUGAGUUGGCUAUGCAGAUUCGUGAAAAAAAAUUCCUUCUGAAAGAUGAAGCUUUGAUUAAUAAGCAGUGUACAAAGCCCGUAAUACCGCGUACUGCUCCAGCUAAGUCUCGUGGUAGAUCAGUAUCCAGAUUGAAAAAUGAAAUGGAGGAUCUUGGUGUUGAUAUGGAAGACACUGAAAAUGCUCAUUUCACCAAGACAAAGAAGAGAGGUAGGUCAGAGUCUAGAAAUACUGAAAAUAAGAGACAACGCAUGGAUGUUUCGAGAGCUCGUAGCAAUUCAAGAGCACCCAGAGAUGAAAUGGGUGUUGCAAAUGAUGAGAUGAAGUUCAGACUCAAGAACAUUGCCCACAAAGCUAUCAGCAAGAAAGUUGGUCCUAAAGGUCUUAAGGGAGAAGCUGAUAGAUUUAUUGGUAACAAAAUGCCUAAGCAUUUGUUCUCUGGUAAACGUGGUGUGGGCAAAACUAAUAGAAGAUAAUUUUUUUUUAUUCCAUCUUAAUUCAAUAUAUUUUAAUAUUAGAAUAUGUUAUAGAAAUUGUAAUAGUAAUUGUGAACUUAAAAGCUCACGAAAACUAUAUGUGUAUAUUAUUGAUAUAGUUUAACUAAUUUAAUUAAUAUCAUUAUGUAAUACUAAGAUGUGCA